UGCUGAGGCUGUUGCAAGCGACGUGCAGCACCAUGCCAGUGCACGACGUGUAGUAACGAUGGUCGGGAGCGCGCAUCGAGAAAGGGAUAACGCUUCACAGGGAUAGAAAACAGAGUGUGAAAAGAGAAAAAGAGGAACCGAUGGGGAGACGGGAAAACAGCAGCGAGGAACAAGGACGCGAGAAAUGUACGGUAGCUAGCUGUUUAUGAGGCCAAAAAUUAGGUGGUGCUGAACGUUUCAUUUUGCUAAUUCGAUUACAGAACACCGGCCACAGGUAACCUAUAGGACUAACUUAAUUGUUGACGAAAGGAUAUAUUCCUGCAGCACUGUCAUUCACUGUUGACAAUGUCGGGGAACCGGGAGGCGGAGCGGCGCAAACUAGCCGACAUCAUUAACCACUGGAAUGCCAACCGACUUGACCUGUUCGAAAUCAGUCAGCCCACGGAGGACCUGGAGUUCCAUGGCGUGAUGCGAUUCUACUUCCAGGAUCGUGUGGCGGGGAACUUUGCCACCAAAUGUGUCCGUGUGUCCAGCACUGCCACCACACAGGAUGUCAUUGAGACGCUGGCCGAGAAGUUCCGGCCUGACAUGAGGAUGCUGUCCCUACCCAAGUACUCGCUGUAUGAGGUCAACGUCAGUGGUGAGGAACGGAAGCUAGACCUUGGUGAGAAGCCCCUUGUGGUGCAGCUCAAUUGGAACCGAGAUGACCGGGAGGGCCGCUUCGUCCUGAAGAAUGAAAAUGACUUUGUCCCAAAGAAGAUGAGCAAUGGUCCAGAGAAACAUGAAAAGGAGGGUGUGAUUCAGAAUUUCAAGAGGACUCUGUCCAAAAAAGAGAAGAAGAAAGAGAGAAGGAGAGAGAACGAGGGCCCAGUUCGUGUUCCUGACAGAGACAACCUGCUUUUUAACAGAGAUGAUGGGUGCAAGAACAGUGCAGCAGCACUGCAUCGAUGGAAGUCGGGAGAGACAGGCUGGGAAACAGAUAUCCAGCUCAGAGAGAGCUCUAGGCUGGCCGCUGAGGUGUAUAAGGACAUGCCGGAGACCAGCUUUACCCGCACCAUCUCCAACCCCGAGGUGGUGAUGAAGCGACGGCGGCAGCAAAAGCUGGAGAGGAGAAUGGAACAGUUCCGCAGCAGUGAUGGCCGCCCUGAUUCGGGAGGGACGCUGCGGAUAUAUGCAGACAGCCUGAAACCAAAUAUCCCCUAUAAGACGAUCCUGCUCUCCACCACAGACACGACAGACUUUGCUGUGACUGAGGCUCUGGAGAAAUAUGGGCUGGAGAGGGAGAACCCCAGGGAAUACUGCAUUGCUCGGGCUGUGUUGCCUCCAGGCUCACAGCACUCUGACCAAAGGGAGUGGAAAGAGACCAUUCUGGAGGACACUGAAUGUCCGCUACAAAUCUUCAGGGACUGGCCUGGUGACAAAGGUGCAUUGGUGUUCCAGCUGAAGAAGCGUCCUCUAGACUGCAUGCCAAAGAGAGACCAAGGGCCUGAGGAUCUCUUCAGUCAGGGAUGGGUCAUGGACGGACCCCCACACCCUGACAAGAUGGCUUACCUGGUGGAGCUAAACCCAGGGAGGAGGAACCACUAUGCCUACUACCACAACUUUCGUCUCCAUGAAGAUGGUUCUGACUCCAGGGACAAACCCAAACUCUUCAGGCUCCAGCACAGCAUCACCCCAGUGGGCUCGGAGAAGGUGGGCGACCACUCCAUCCAGCUUGUUGAACCUGGUAUUCUGCCACACCACUGUGACUUGACACUUGAGGACGGGCUGGUGACAGUGACACCACGCUGCCUUGAAGCCGAGACCUUGGUGGAUGGCCAUCGCAUCUCAGAGACCACGGUGCUACGCAGUGGUGCUUCACUUCAGUUUGCAAAUUCUCAUGUGUUUAAGUUUGUGGAUCCUUCCUAUGACCGAAGCCUGGACAGGAUGGCCGGGGACUUUGUACCUGGGAUGAGGAGCGGCCAUAAGUCUGGGAGCAUCGCUGAGGCGACCUUUGACCCCCACAGAGAUGUCUGUGGGAAGAUUGCCCUUCCAACAAGCAAAAGCUCAGGGAAGCUGGAGAUGGGCUCAGGGAAGGCCAGUGAGAGAGGCGUGGUAAAGCCCCUGGUCAGGCUGGAUAUGCACAAUGGAAGAUCCCAAGACAGUUUGGGCUCAGAACUGACGCUGCCAGCCAGGAUUGAGUUUAGGGACAGCACGGAAGAUGCCUUUCUGUCUGCUGUCAUCAGCUACACAAACAGCUCCACCGUGCACUUCAAGCUGUCGCCCACCUAUGUGCUCUACUUGACCUGCCGCUUCGUGCUGUCAGCCCGCUACCGACCUGACAUGCGCCCAGCAGAGCGGACACACCGGGUCAUUGCCGUUGUCAACAAGAUGGUGCGGAUGAUGGAAGGUGUUAUACAGAAACAGAAAAACAUGGCUGGGGCUCUGGCCUUCUGGAUGGCAAACGCAUCCGAGCUGCUGAACUUCAUCAAGCAGGACAGGGACCUGAGCCGCAUCACUCUCGAUGCCCAGGAUGUCCUGGCACACUUGGUACAGGUUGCAUUCAAAUACUUGGUAUACUGUUUGCAGGCUGACUUAGGUAACCACAUGCCAGCUUUCCUGGAAGACCCUGAUGAACAUGAUUCCCAGCUUGCCAAAAUAGAGGACGUUCUCCACACCUUGACGGGCGCUAUGGCCUUGCUCCGUCGUUGCCGCGUCAAUGCCGCUCUGACCAUCCAGCUGUUUUCUCAGCUAUUCCACUUCAUCAACAUGUGGCUUUUCAACAAGCUGGUAACAGAGGGAGACCUGGGGCUGUGCUCGCACUACUGGGGCGCCAUCUUACGGCUUCAGCUUAGCCGUGUGGAGGCCUGGGCAGAGAAGCAGGGGCUGGAACUAGCCGCUGACUGCCACCUGAGCCGCAUUGUUCAGGCAACCACCCUUUUGACUAUGGACAAGUACUCGAUGCAGGAUGUUCAUAACAUCCACAACACUUGCUUCAAGCUCAACUCCCUGCAGCUACAAGCUCUGCUCAGCAACUACCAUUGUGCUCCUGACGAACCCUGUGUGCCCCCUGAGCUGAUUGACAGUGUGGUGGCAGCGGCGGAGAGCACUGCAGAUGAGCUAGCCCGGAGCGACGGGCGGGAGGUUCAGCUGGAGGAGGACCCUGACCUGCAGCUGCCGUUUCUGCUGCCUGAGGAUGGCUACUCCUGUGAUGUGGUGCGCGCCCUGCCCAGUGGCUUCCAAGAGUUCCUGGACCCGCUCUGCCAGAGAGGGUUUUGCAGACUUAUGCCUCUCCCCCACUCCCCUGGCACCUGGACUGUCCACUUCAGUGGAGUUGACUGCGAUGGUCAUCUUUCUGCAGGCACUGCUGACUUGCCAUUGCGGAAAGAACCAGAAAUUGUGACCGUCACGCUGAAAAAGAACAAGGGCAUGGGCCUGAGCAUUGUUGCUGCUAAGGGUGCGGGACAGGAGAAGCUUGGGAUCUACAUCAAGUCAGUGGUCAAGGGAGGAGUGGCAGAUUUGGAUGGCCGACUGGCUGCAGGGGACCAGCUUCUGAGUGUGGAUGGGAAGACCCUGGUUGGAUUGUCACAGGAGAGGGCAGCAGAGUUAAUGACACGCACUGGCUCAGUUGUCACUCUAGAGGUCGCCAAGCGGGGAGCAAUUUACCAUGGUCUGGCAACCUUGCUGAGCCAGUCAUCGCCCAUGACACAGAGGGGGUCAGAAAACGGUCGUGGCACGGGAAAAUCCAGACCUAAGAGUGAGGGUUUUGAGCUUUAUAGUGCUUCGGCACAGAACGGAAAUGCUGGAUCUCCCCCAGUCCAGCGGGGGCACUACCCAGUCCCGAGGAAGGCCAAUGGAGAGGAGAGGCUACUGAAAAAGAGAGCAGACCACCUGUCCAGCCCCAAUGUGGCCAACCAGCCAGAGAGCUCAACAGCUGCAUAUUCUGGGGGACCCGGUGCCAAGAUUACAUCCGUCUCUACGGGCAAUCUUUUUGCAGAUGAGGAGCCACUUUCUCCCCACCCAGAAGCAUACCCCAUUCCGACGCAGACCUAUACUCGGGACUACUUUUGUUUCACGACCCCUUUGUCUCUGGAUGUGGGGGCCCCAGGCUCUGGACUGCCCUGGAAGAACAUGGAAAACAGACCGGCCAGCCCAGGGGGUGUCAACUGCCCCAAGACGACAGCCUUGCAGCGGAUGGUCCUUUCCCAGGAGGAGCUGCAUGAGGAGAAGGUGGCCUUCCCCCCUGAAGGGCUUCGGCCUGAGGAUCCAGCGCCCAAGAGGAGCUGGGGGAAUGAGGAGCUUCGCAACCACCACCACCAUGCUGCUCCGUCCUCCUUGGAGUCCAGUACCUCCAGCCAAGAGCAGCUCAGCUACUCUUCAUCCUCGUCUUCUUCCUCCUCCAAAACCCGCCAGGCGAAUCACAAGAGCGGGCCAGGGCGCUGGAAGACCCCCCACCCUCAGCCUGCCCGUGCUGAGCUCCCGCCCCCACCUCCCCCCCCACCACUGGGGAGCUCUGCCAGCAACCCCGACCGCCCCGUGCAAGACCUGCCCCUACCUCCACCUGCCCCACCUUCAGUCGGCCAGCAUCCAGCAUCAACUGCUGACUGCAAGAGGAGGGAGGAGCAGCGUCGCUGGUACGAGAGAGAGAAGGCACGGCUGGAAGAGGAGCGGGAGAGGAAGAAAAGGGAGCAGGAGAGAAAGAUGGGUCAGAUACAUGGUCCCUCUGGGUUGAUCACCCCUGACGACCACCCGCAUGGCCCACCACCACCCCCACAGCCCCACUACCAGCACCGGUCCCCCAGGCCCCCCCAUCCUCCCCUAGCCUUACCCUGGGCCCCCCCCCCACCUCCACUGGAAACGGUAAUCCAUGACUUCCUGCCACAGCAGCAGCCACACACUGUGGAGCGGCGGGACCUUUGCUAUGUCACACUUGGCACUGAGGACCCUUCCUCUGACAGCCUCUCACCGGACCCCUGGAAGCGGGAUGCCCGGGAGCAGCUGGAGAAGCGGCAGCGGUUGCGGGUGGUGGAUCUCCUGGACGGGGAGAUCCGGGAGCUGCGGGACAAGGUGGGACGCACAGCUGAGGAGAAUGAGCGCCUGCGCAGGUUGCAGCUGGAGUGGCAGUUCCAGCAACGACUGCAGGAGUCAAAGCGCAGCGAGGAUGAUGAGGAUGAGGAGGGUGAUGAGGACGAUGAGGACGUUUAUGAAGUCACCAUGAUAGCACAACAGCUGGAAACUGAGAACAGAGCCCAGAGUGCCGCUCCAGCCAUCUCUGUUCUAGACUUGCUGCAGGAUGAAGAACAGCACCGGAAGCAACAGCAGCAAGGGACAGCAGAGGGACAGGACAGGCAGGAAGAGGGGGAGGAGCCCAGUCUGCAAAGACCUCCCCUCCCCCUUGACUAUGAGGGCCCGCCCACCUCCACAAAUGCUGUACCACCAUCCCCACCUCAGAGAAACACCUCAUACCUCAAAACCCAAGCAGCCUCCUUUGAUGCCUUGGGCCCCGCUCAACUGGUCCCAUAUGAUGACAGCAAGCACGAGGAGGAAAGCACCCCUCUUGAAGAAUUUCCCAUUUAUACCACAGGGUGUGAUCUGAGCGACAGAGGAAACCCAGAGGUGUAUGAGGACCCAAGAAAGAAAUGGGAAAGAUGUGGUCAGGGUGAAGAGCUCUCAGUAAGCGGGGAAGCUUCAGAAACUAUGACCUUUAAGGACCGUCAGCAGCUCUUCUCCCGGGACAAGGACGCAUCUAGCAACAUCGUUUCAUGAAAGCCCAGUGGAGCAUCAGGACAGCUAUGUGAUACACUUGUGAACCUGGAACCUUAGUAGGAUGCAACAGGAAGAACCCAUUUUAGAAAGGGGGACAGGAGGCAAGAGAUUGCCAUUCCUGUUCUCAGUGAUCCUAUUUUUGUGGGGGUGGGGGGUUUCCCGCCCUCAUCUUGAUGACCUGCUAUGAGUGCUUUUUCUCACUCCAAGUAACCUCUCGGUAGUGUUGGUUACAUUAAGGCCUCAUUUGAACAACUUGGUCUUUAAUAAUAUGUAACAAUAUAUUUUGACUACUGUCUGCAGUAUGUCCUCUGUGAAAGUGUCAAUGUGAUCAUUCUGUUCAAAAUCAAAUAUAAUCCCCUGAAAACAUUUAGUAGUUGCACUUAGUAGUAGUCAGCUUAACAAUUAAAGAGGUUAGCUGGAGAAAAAAAAGGCUGCAUA